AUGGUACAGACACUUACAGAAACACUGUUGACUGGAGCACAUCCUCCGGAAUCGCUGGUCAAGGGAGUUCUGAAGCUUCGAGGAUCUCACACUCUUCCCAAUUCUUCCGCGUACCCCGAUUUGGAUACUAAAGGGUACCAAGUGCUGAAAGGUGUCAUCUCACCGGAAAAGGCCGGCGAUUAUGUCGAGAGGAUGUACAGAUGGCUGGAAUCCUUUGGCAAGGGUUUCGAUGCAAAGGAUAAGUCUACUUGGCAUAUGGAUCAACUACCUGCUUUCCAUCGAGGCGGUCUCUUCAAUCGAUAUGGUGUCGGACAUGAGCAGUUUGUAUGGGACAUAAGAGGAGAAGCGGGGCUGAUUGACGCGUUUGCUAAGAUAUGGGGAACAGAUGAGUUAUUGGUAUCUUUUGAUGGUAUCAACAUUACACUGCCACUCCCUGCUGAAGAGCUGUCUGGACAGCGGAGUCGACCUUGGCCACACGUCGAUCAAAGUCCGAACAGGCAGUAUAAGCAUUGUAUUCAAGGAAUCAUGAAUCUCGAAGAAAACGGACCACACGACGGCGGUCUGAAGGUCCUCGAGGGAUCGAUUCAACAUUACAAUGAGUUCUUUGACGCUUUCAAGCACGAUAUGCCACCCGAAGGAUGGACUUGGCGCGAUGCGCAUUUCUACACUGAUGAGCAUCUCCAAUGGUUCUUCGACAGAGGCUGCAAAUGGGUGAAAGUGGAAGCUGGCCCCGGAGAUUUAAUUUUGUGGGAUUCGAGAACCGUACAUUAUGGUGCGUUGGCCCAGGGAGAUAGAGCUAGGAUGGCUACAUAUGUAUGCUAUAAGCCCGCUUCUGAUCUUCAACCUGAAAUGAUGGAGGUCAGAAGGAUCGCCGUCGAACAAUACAUCAGCACAUCUCACGAUCCUCUCAUGUUCAGGAUGACUGGAAGUAAAAUUGAUCCUCAUGCCAUGGAGAAUGAACGCCUCGAGCCUACAGUCAAACCCAUCUUGACCGAACGAAUGCAACAGCUGGCAGGCCUGAAGUCUUACUGA